AUCCGUAUGGAACAAAUUAACAAAACUGAUAUCACUGAAUUCUUCCUACUUGGAUUUCCAAGUCUAGUAGAAAUGCGUGUACUUGCUUUUCUAUUGUUUUCCUGUUCUUAUAUACUAACAAUAUCAGAAAACAUAGCAAUCAUUAUUAUUGUACAGAUGCAUGCCACACUUCAAAAACCGAUGUACUUUUUCCUUAGUAACUUGUCAUUCUUAGAAAUCUGUUACAUCACAGUCACUGUUCCAAAUCUACUCAUUAACAUCAUUAAGGAUGGUAAAACCAUAUCCUUCUCUGGAUGCAUGACUCAACUCUUUUUUUUUAUUUUCUUGAUGUGCACAGAAUGUGUCCUAUUAUCGGCCAUGGCAUUUGAUCGGUAUAUUGCUAUUUGCCAACCAUUGCAUUAUGUUCAAGUCAUGAGCAAGGAACUGUGCAUUCAAUUAGCUGCAGCUUCUUGGAUAACUGGAUGUAUAAUUACAUUGAUUAAGAUCUAUUUUAUAUCUGGGUUAUCCAUCUGUGGUCCCAACGUUAUUAAUCAUUUUUUCUGUGACAUUUCUCCUGUGCUUAAUCUUGCAUGUACGGACAUGUCAUUGGCAGAGUUGGUAGAUUUUAUAUUAGCAUUAGUGAUUCUCCUUAUCCCUCUUAUGGUCACUGUUAUGUCCUAUAUCAGUAUAAUCUAUAAUAUUUUAAAAAUACCAACUUCUAUGGGAAGACAGAAGGCUUUUUCUACUUGUGCCUCCCAUCUAUCUGUAGUCGCAAUAUUCUUUUCUACAACUCUGUUUAUGUAUGCACGUCCGAAGAAAGCCAAAUCAAUGGAUGGAAACAAAGUCAUAUCUCUGUUAUAUGCAGUUGUUACACCAAUUAUAAACCCUUUUAUCUAUUGUCUCAGAAACAAGGAGAUAUGGACAUCCCUAAAACAACAUUUCUGCAGAAAGAUAUCUUACAAAUGA